AUGAACCAGCAGCACCAAUACCUCGAGUCGCAACAGCCUCAGAUGUCGGGAGGACAACCGUACGCACCUCACUCCACCACUGCAAGCGGUAUGACCCCAUAUUCCAGCUAUGCACAACAACAGCCGCCACCGUUGCAACCAGGACCUGGCAGUUAUGCGCAAUCUCCAGGCUACGGCCAGUAUGGCUACCCCAACAGCAUAACCUCUCCAUCAGGCCCUGGCCACCCAGUGUCCUCUUCUAUGGCUGGGCAGAUGAAUUCGGGACUGCUACCCUUACCAGCUAUGGGAGCUGGUGGACCUGCACAGCAUACGUACGUGGGAGCGCCCACUGGCCCUCCUCCAAAUUACCCUCCACAAAAUCCGGAUACAACUGGCCAAGUGGCUCCCUCAGGUAUGAAGCCCAGGGUAACUGCAACUCUGUGGGAGGACGAGGGAUGCAUGUGCUUUCAAGUCGAGGCUAAGGGUGUGUGCGUUGCUCGGAGAGAUGAUAAUCAUAUGAUCAAUGGCACAAAGCUCCUCAAUGUGGCGGGAAUGACUCGAGGUCGACGAGAUGGAAUACUCAAAAGCGAAAAGACCCGACAUGUGGUUAAGAUCGGUCCAAUGCAUCUCAAGGGUGUCUGGAUUCCUUUCGACCGGGCCCUAGACUUUGCCAACAAGGAAAAGAUCACAGAGUCGUUGUAUCCUUUGUUUGUGCAUAACAUUGGGGCUCUUCUAUACCAUCCCACAAAUCAAAGCAGGACGAAUGCAGUGAUGGCUGCAGCUGAUCGUCGAAGACUGGAAACAUCGAAGGCACAAGGUGGGGGAGUGGGUCAUCCAGGCUCGCAAGCUCCAUCUUUGCACCACCACCAUUCAAUGGGCAGCUCUAUGAACUCCCAACAACCUCAUUCGAUUGCUCCUCAUCCAGGCGCAGGGAGACCGGGCUUGGAUAGAGCUCACACCUUUCCUACUCCACCAACUAGCGCAUCAAGCACCAGCAUGGGACUAAGCAACCAGGGUUCCUAUGGUUGGGAAGGACAGAGCAUCCCCGGGAAUGCUCAGCCCUUAAUGCUCGACAGUCACCCACACUCAACGCCGGCUACGCCAGCAACAACCCCCCCAGGUGCUUCGAUGCCGACUUUGCAGCCGUAUCAAAGUCAUCAAUCAUACGAUAAUAACCGACCAAUGUACUCCUCAGCUGCCCCGCAGCAAGGUCAAUAUGCAACGCAACAUCAACAGCAGGGCAUGUCACAUGGUGCGCCCUUGUCAUCAAGUUCUUACGGGAAACAAGAUAUGGGACCCCCUGCAACACGCGCGCCAGGAUCAAAGGCAGAGAGCGAACACGGUGACUCAAAGAACGACAUUUACGGCCACAGCCAGGGAACUGAUCGGGUGGGCCACGAGGAAGCAGAGCAUGAGCCGGAGGGCGAGUACUCGCACGAUAAUAGCGCUUACGCUCCCCACCGCGGUCAAUACAAUCAUUAUAAUUCAGCCUCGCAUAUGGGCUCCUUGCAUGGAGAACAUGCCCAAGCUCCUUCUGACAUUAAUGGGUCUCAAUCCCAUCAGAACGGUUCCGGUCGAUCAACACCCCGUACAUCCAAUGGCAGCCAACAACAGUGGUCUGCCGCCGGAUAUCAUACCCCGCCUCGCGCUGCGCCAUCGGGCAACCUCUACAAUCCAAUGAGUGAUACUCGCGGUACAGUGACGAACGGCAAUAACGGUGCAGAACACUACUCGACGGCACCGCUUCAUCCAUACGCUCCCACCCAGGCCAAUGGUGUCAACUCAUCUAAUAAGCGAAUGCGCGAGGAUGAAGAGUAUACUUCUCGACCUGAAAGUCGCAAUGAUGACAUGGAAUCCAUGAAACGUCGGAAGAUGGGCCGAGAGGGCAGUGGGGCUGGCAAAAUUGCCAGCACCUCGUACGAAAGCGAUGUAAAGCCCGUCAGCGCCAAUCGACCUCGAAGCAUCGCAACUCCGCGCGCUCAUCGGUGA